GCAGUGUACUAUCACCUGCCACCUGCGUAGUAUCGUUCACCCGGUCGAUGUACUCGUGAGUUAUGUUCCGAAACGUAACGCCAGAGAGAGCGAUCGCGUUCAUCCAGCACAGUGUGGCCUUGACCUACUGCUGGCCGCCACCCCUGACAGCCACCAGGUACCAAACGCUCGUCUUCAGGAUCUUCAGACUCGCAGGAUUCAUCAACGCGACCAUACUCCUGUUACCUUUGCUGUACGCUCUCCACGUGUAUCGCGACGAUACGGAGAAUCUGUCGAAGGCAGCGGUGAUAUCUGUCGGCGUCCUGCAAAUCUCUGUCCACAUAGCAUCCUGCGCUAUGCAGCAGGAUCGCUUGCAACGAUUAAUAGAGGAAAUGGAAAUUUGUUGCAAAACGGCGAGCGAGUUCGAAAGACACGUGUUUCAACGGUACGUCGACAAGUAUUCGGUGUACUAUGCGAUUUACGUUUGCUCGAGUUAUCUGUCGGCGUUGCUCGUCAUCCUCGGGAACUUUUUCGUAUCCGAUCCACUGCCGACAAACGCUCAAUACCCGUUCCCGGUCGACUCCGAACCGUUGAGAAGCAUCCUGUUUGUCCAUCAAGCUAUCGUUGGCCUACAGUGCUCAGCGCACGUUAGCAUAAGCAUAUUUUGUGCCAUGUUGUUUCUAUUCGCAGCAGCGCGGUUCGAGAUUUUAAUAGCAGAACUGCGCGAGAUCGACGGCAUCGCCUCGCUGAUAGAGGGUGUCAAGAAGUACCGCGCCACAAGAAGGUAUGCAAUGGAAACGGUUCGGGGGAUGCGUUAUGUCGCUCUGACUUUGGUAACCCUUUGCACUGUAGCAGCUGUAUUUAGCGGUCUCAGCCUGAUUAGCAGGACGUUAUCGUUGACUGUGAAAAUUCAGUUCCUCUUCUUACUCAUGGCUGCAAUUACGGCGGUCUUUAUGUGCGCUUUGCCAGCUGAUCAUUUGAUGGAAAUGAGUGGAGAUUCAUUGCGAGGAGCAUAUGAGUCAGAAUGGCACGUGUUACCCGCGAGCGUACAGAAGUGCAUACUGCUGAUGACGAUGCGCCAACCCCCAGUAGUUUUAAGUAUCAAAUGUAUCAUCCCUUCUCUUACCUUGAACUUUUUCUCUUCGUUUAUGUCGAAUAUAUUCUCAAUAUUCACGGCCCUCCGGAUUGUCCUGAUGCGAAACGAAAACGACGAUUAACGACUGAUUCGAUAUUUCAAAAGUACGUCUACAUGUUCGGCUCGUUUUAUAAAAAUUUUAGUAAUAAACUCUAUUCGAAGAACAGAAUUUACUUCUUAACACGUCCCACCUUGCAGGGCACGUAUCGUAAUGGCUAGUUUAAACCCAGUAACAUACCGACAUAGUUUUUCUCUUUCCAAUAGUACUUCGAGCCUUAGAUGCCAAAACUUCCAUUUCGUAAAACAUAAACAGUGAAUUUGAAUUAUUUUAUAUCAUUCUUGAUGUUUCAAUUUCUGUUCGAAUGUUUUUCAAAAU